AUGGUGGGUAUGGUGGAUAUGGUGGGUAUGGUGUAUCAUGGUGUGUCAUCAGGAUCUAUGGUAAAGAUUUGGUUCCAGAACCGUCGGGCGCGAGAGAGACGAGAUCGCGAGGCCAGGGCCAAGGGCCUCCUGCCCCCCGCCUCGUCGUCCGCCUCUAACUCCCCCUCGCCCUCACCCUCGUCUUCGUCGUCGUCCACGUGCACAGCGGGGCCAGUGCCACCUUCCGCCCUGGCACUCUACCAGUUCACUGCCGCUCUGGGCCCCGGCUCCGUCUCCGCCUUCACCCCCGUCAUGCCCCGCCCACUGGGUGAGGCUCCGCCCCCGCCCAUGCCUGGCCCCGCCCCCGAGACGCCCGGCCUGGAGGAGGGACUCGGUGACCUCCCGCUCACGCCGCGCCGCCUUCAGGAGCUCGAGUCUUCCCCUGGGGACGCCGGCGGGGCAGCCUUCCUCAGGGACGUGGCAGCAGUCUCGCCCCAGCCCCGCCUUGCCUCCGACCUGCCGCCCCCUGCCCGCUCGGAAGGGGUGUCUCCCCCCGGCCUGACCCGCCCCGGCCAGACGGGGCCCCAGUUCCACCCAUCCCAGCUGCCCCACACCGUCACCGCUUCCCCAAUCUCCCCCUAG